AUGUGGAGUGUGGACUCGGCUAUAAUUGUGCCGAUAGUGGUGUCGGCCAAUGGGUUGUUUGGAACUGAGGAGAUGAGAACACGUUUCCACAGAGAUGUCGCUUUAACUAGUGUGGCCCUAACUUUUUUUGUAAUGGAUUUUUUUGUCAACAUUGUCUUUAUCAUCGGAGGCUACAAGAAAAACAUAAAGUUGAUACGAUUUUUCUACUACUAUAGUGUAGCUGUGUGGGUGCUUAGCAUAUUGGUGGCCGUCUUGGCCAUCAGCUUCUCAAUAGAGAGCUGGUUAGCCAGGUACCUGAUGAUGAGGAUCUAUGUAGUCCAUAUACUGAACUAUUUUGGUUACUUCGUGAUCAUUGUUGUUCAAACUUACUUCUUACUUCUACUAAAGAGUGAGAUUAUCAAAUUGAAUUACGGUCGCGAUGUCCAGCUUGAAGACGACACAACUUUAGCAAAGCGAAAACGGAACGAUUCCAUGGCGGGAAACGACACGGACUCAGUAGAAUCAGAAGAUGUUUGA